UGGAGGUGAUGUCAUGGCGAGAGCCCAGCAGUGGUGCUGAUGUUUAGAGAAGCCCAAGGUACCACUAAUUGAAGGAGUGAGAAGAGAACAGCUCGCUUCGGAAAUCGGACUGCAGGGUCAUUUUCAGUGGAUCCAAGGAGCCAAACUGGUGGUUCAUAGAGGAUAAAGUAGGAGGGCAUCUCAAAGAUUGUGAUCCAGUUCCAAGCUGGUGAGAAACGUUCCCUGGGACUUUUGGUCAAUUCAGCCACCAGAUUCUAGCCAACAUGACCCUCGCAGCCUAUAAGGAGAAGAUGAAGGAACUCCCACUAGUGUCUCUGUUCUGCUCCUGCUUCUUGUCUGACCCCCUGAAUAAAUCAUCCUACAAAUAUGAAGGCUGGUGUGGGAGACAGUGUAGGAGGAAAGGUCAAAGCCAGCGGAAAGGCAGUGCUGACUGGAGAGAAAGAAGAGAACAGGCAGAUACAGUAGACCUGAACUGGUGUGUCAUCUCUGAUAUGGAAGUCAUCGAGCUGAACAAGUGCACCUCGGGCCAGUCCUUUGAAGUCAUCCUGAAGCCACCUUCCUUUGAUGGGGUGCCUGAGUUUAAUGCCUCCCUCCCAAGACGGCGAGACCCAUCAUUAGAAGAGAUCCAGAAGAAGCUAGAAGCAGCGGAGGAGCGUAGGAAGUACCAGGAAGCUGAGCUCCUGAAACACCUCGCAGAGAAACGAGAGCAUGAGCGAGAGGUGAUCCAGAAAGCUAUUGAGGAAAACAAUAACUUCAUCAAGAUGGCAAAAGAGAAGCUGGCCCAGAAGAUGGAGUCUAAUAAAGAGAACCGGGAGGCCCAUCUGGCCGCCAUGUUGGAGCGGCUGCAAGAGAAGGACAAGCACGCAGAGGAGGUGCGGAAAAACAAGGAGCUGAAGGAAGAGGCCUCCAGGUAAAGCCCAGAGGCCAAGGAAGUUUCCAGGACAGCCGGACAGCUCCCGUAGCAACCUGGUUCCAGCAGCCUCGGCCGCUGGCUGCUCUCCCAACACUGGGGUUCGGGGGGAGGGGGGUGGCCAAGGGGCGUUUCCUCUGCUUUUGGUGUUUGUACAUGUAAAAGAUUGACCAGUGAAGCCAUCCUAUUUGUUUCUGGGGAACAAUGAUGGGGUGGGAGAGGGGACAGUGAGAGUGUGGAAAAGGAGGUGAAGAUGAGCCCAGGGACAUUGUAACACUGUCCACUGACUGCAGACUUGGGCCAAGGCCCCCGCUUUUCAAGGCUCUGCCUGGACAUCCGGCCUCCAGGUUCCGAGUGGAGAGAAGAUGAGGACUGGGGUAGAAGUUCAGAGUGAAGGGCAGAGUCCUGGCGGGGUGGUUGCUGCAGGGCCAGCAGAACAAGCCCGUCUGGAUGGAGUGAGACCCGCCCUGCAGUGGGUGGGAUAAGGUCUGUGUGUGUCUGUUCAUUGUCAUCUUUUGAUCAUCAUGACCAAUGAAACAUUUACUUCGA